AUGUGUUUCCCCCAUAUUAUGAAUAUAUGUGUACAGCAUGUCGCUGAUCAUUUCACUAACUCCAUUGUUGCUGCACAAGAAGUCUCACAGGCGUGGGAUGCAACUAUUGAUGGCAUUGUGAUGGACAAAAAAACCUACAUUGCAGCUAUCACAAAUAACCCAGUUGCGCUGGGCCGGUCAGCUAUCAAAGCGAUCCGAGUAUCUGGACUGCGUCGCGAUAAAUUCAUGGAAGUUGUCAAAACCGGAAAUGCCAAGCAAUGGUUCAAAUCUCCUUUGAAUGAGCUGGUUACCGUUCCUGAGGUUGAACUCCUUCGUGAUGUCUGCAUGAGAUGGGACUCAACAUAUUUCAUGAUCAAUCGCUUACGAGCAAUGCGUCCAGCCAUAGACUUCUUCCUUAGCACACCUAAUCAGCAGGACAUUUCUGGUCAUAAGAUGACCGACUCAGAGUGGCAAGUUCUCGAGGACCUUGAAAAGAUUCUAGAUGUACCUCAUAGAGUGCAGCAACAGAUGUCAUCUGAGAGCAUGCCCCAGUUGGGUAGUGCAGUUCCGUGCUUCGAGUUGUUCAUGACUGCAUGGGAAUCACUCGCUACCAAAUUUCCCCGACUCCGUCCCUCUAUCGAUGUUGGCUUGGAAUGGGCUAAGUCAUACUACAUCUGCAUGGACCUGACAGACACAUAUGUUAUAGCGAUGUGUAAGUCUACUAUACUUGGUGAUAAAUGA